AUGUCUAUCGUAGCUUUAAAAAAUGCAGUAGUGAAAGUUAUCUCAUCAAAUGCUGAUAAUAAGAACAAUACUCAACAACAGCAAACUCAAAAUACAUCCUCAUACGGUUCAAUAACCACUAAUAAUGAUAACAACAAUAAUAAUAGUAAUAAUCUUGGUCAACAACCAGAUUUAGAACAAGGACUUAGCCCCUCAACAAAAUCAUUAAACUACGAUGUCGAUUCUUCAAGAUCUUCAAACAAUAACGAUUCAAACGUUGGUAUCUUCGAUUCUCUAGAUCCAAGAAUGAUAAGUGAUCUAAUCAUAGGUCUAAGUGACGGUUUAACUGUCCCAUUCGCUCUUACCGCAGGGUUAUCUUCACUAGGUGAUUCUAAAUUAGUCAUUACGGGUGGGUUCGCAGAAUUAAUAUCUGGAGCCAUAUCAAUGGGUCUUGGUGGUUAUUUAGGUGCCAAGAGUGAAUCUGACUAUUAUCAUGCUGAAGUUAAACAAGAACGUAGAAAGAUUUUUGAAAAUCAAAAUUUAAUUUAUCAUGAAGUGGAAGAUAUUUUGAUUCAAAUUAAUCCGGAUUUUUCUGAAGAAACUAUAUUAUCUUUCAUUAAAGAUUUACAAUCAAAUCCAGAUCUUAUGUUAGAUUUCGUUGUUAGAUAUGGGAAGGGAUUAGAGGAACCUGCUGAGAAUAGACAAUUUAUAAGUGCAAUGACCAUAGGAGGUGGGUAUCUAAUAGGUGGGUUUGUACCAUUGUUUCCUUAUUUCUUUGUGACGAGUGUUCAUCAAGGAUUGAUAUAUUCUAUAAUAGUUAUGGCUGUGACUUUAUUCCUCUUUGGGUAUUUUAAGGCUCAAAUUUCAAUGGGGGAUGUUUCUACUUUCCCAAGAAAGAUCGGUGAAGGUGUUGAAAUGAUGACUGUGGGUGGUGUAGCUGCAGCUGCAGCUUGGUUCUUUGUUAAAUUACUAGGUUAA